AUGUCUCGAAGUGUAACCGUAGCAGUGGCGUAUAUUAUGUCUGUUACUACUUUGAACUGGAAAGAAGCUUUAAAAGUUGUGAGAGCAGGACGAGCGGUUGCCAAUCCUAAUUUAGGUUUUCAAAAGCAAUUAGAGGAAUUUGAAUGCACUAGGUUACUUGAGGAAAGAAGACGUUUAAAAGAAAGGUAUCCUAGCCUGGCGUUAGUAUAUAGGGAUCAAGAGCAGUGUGCUCUGAUGCUCAAUAAUUACGAAGAACUGUUACAGUCCCGUUCGAUUUGUGAAGGAAAAUGUGCCUUAGGGGAACAAUGCCCUACUGGGUUGUGUCGGUCUGGAAGUACGCAAAAGAGGACGAGAAGAAGAAAUAGUAGGUCUCAGUCUGAAAUGCGCAGGAGUCCGAGUAGUACAAGUACCAAUAGCAAUUGCAGUACGAGUAGUAGUAGACCUCGGUCCAGUCCUUCGGGUCUACGAAGUUAUACUGGUAUAAAUUAA